AUGCGGCGUCGAAAAAGAGGAACUAUUAGAGAUUUAGAUCGACAUGUGCAUCUCCAUUUUGGUCACUGGCUUAAGCAAAAAGUAGAAAAAAAUGAAAUUAAUGGUGUUUCUGUUGAUACUCGUUGCCUUGCACAAGGUCCAUCUGAUAAGGUUUUAAAAUUUUCUGCAUAUAAUAUCAAUGGCUUCAAGUUUAGAACUAUAGAGAGGGAACAAGAUCUAAGUACACAGAAUAAUGCAGUUUUUGUCUCAUCUGAAACAAUUAGUUAUGCAAGUUCUCGUGAUCUUAAUCCUAGAGUUGGAGAUGUUUCUUAUUAUGGAAAGCUAACUGAAAUUCUGGAGUUGAACUACUACGAUUCUUUUAGGGUUGUGUUGUUCAAAUGCAAAUGGUUUAACACUCGAGAUGCUCGGGGUUAUAAGAAGGAUGAUUUUGGUCACACUAUGGUAAAUUUUACGCAUCUGAUACACACUGGAAAUGGUGAAGAAGAUGAACCUUACAUAUUAGCUUCUCAGGCGAGACUGGUUUAUUACGUAAAAGAUCCACAAGAAGAUGGUUGGAGCGUUGUUGUACACAUCCAACCAAGAGACUUAUAUGAUAUGGGCGAUCCUGUUUCAGAUGAGAGUCAUGAGACCCUUCAAGAAAUUGAUGAUCCUCCUGUUCAAAGAUCAAUGCUUAACGAGAUCUUGACAAUUCUCAAAUUUCAUCGUAAUGAAGAGCCCUUAGCUCCACCUCCUCUUGGACCAGAAUUAGCUAGUGGAAAAUGGAGAGUUCGAGUUAUAGAGGAAAUGGUUUCAGGAAAACAAGUGUGGAGCAUGUUAAAUCGCAGGGUGAUGGUUGAUUUUAACCGAAGAGGACAACCUAUCAAGGACUCAGGAGGUUUGUUUGGUACUUGGAUAGGGUCAUUGAGUAAUGAUCUUAACAUCUUACCUAUUGAUUACACCGAUUGGAGGUUAGUGUCUAGUUAA